GCUGGAGCUCCGCGGGCCGGAACCCGGGAGUCGGGGCUCCCCAGCCACACCCCUCGCGGGGUUUAAAGGGGCAGGAGGCGCCGGGUCAGGCCGAAGCCCGAACCAAGGGAGCGGGCAUGCGGCGCUGCCCGUGCCGAGGGAGCCUGAGCGAGGCGGAGGCCGGGGCGCUGCCGGGGGCGGCCCGCAUGGGGCUGGAGGCGCCGCGAGGGGGGCGGCGGCGGCAGCCGGGGCAGCAGCGACCUGGGCCCGGCGCAGGGGGCCCGGCGGGGCGGCCGGAGGGGGGCAGGCCCCGGACCCGGACCGAGGAGUCCAGCCUUCACAUCGAGCCCGAGAGGGCCGGCCUCGGGCCUGAGCCGGGGACCGACAGACAGGCUGAGCCUAAAGCAGCUGGCUUCGGAGCAGAGACGGAGCGGCCCAGUCGAAAGACGGAGCCAAACAGGUCCAGGCUCCGGACACAUCUAGAAAGGAGCAGCCGCGGGUCAGAGCUGGAGACAGCUGGUCCUUGGACUGAGACUAGGACAGAUGGCUUUUGGACUAAUCCACACAGGUCCGGCCUCCAGCCUCAGCCAGAGCGGGCUCGCCUCUGGACAGAGCCAGGGGUUGACGGGCCCUGGACAGAGCUAGAAAUACACGGGUCACCGACCCAGCUAGAGAGGGCCAAGCCUUGCACCAAUCUCUGGACCCACCAGAACAGGUCCAGCCUAUGGACUCAGCCAGAGAGGGGCUGUCCCUCAACAGAGCCAAGCGCUGAUGGCUCCUGGAAGGAAUUGUACACUGAUGGCUCCAGGACACAACAGGAUACUGAAGGCCCCUGGACGGAACCUCACACUGAUGGCUCCCAGAUACAACAAGAUACUGAAACAGCCUGGACACAGCCUGGCGCUCAUGGUCCCCAGAUGCAAGAUACUCACAGACCCCAGACAGAGUCUUGGACAGAUUGCCUUUUGGGGGAGCCCAACCAAGAUGACUCAUUAGAGGAACCAGAGCAUGGGGAGUUGGUGACUCACCUGUACUCUCACCUGGAGAGUAGCUCCCUGACCCCUGUGCCCCGCCUCAUCAUCACUCCUGAAACCCCUGAGCCUGAGGCUCAGCCCGUGGGACCCCCCACCCGGCUGGAGGGGGGCAGUGGCGGCUUCUCCUCUGCCUCCUCUUUCGACGAAUCUGAGGAUGACGUGGUGGCUGGGGGCGGAGGUGCCAGCGACCCCGAGGACAGGUCUGGGAACAAACCGUGGAAGAAGCUGAAGACGGUCCUGAAGUAUUCACCCUUCGUGGUCUCCUUUCGAAAACACUACCCUUGGGUCCAGCUGUCUGGACACGCUGGGAACUUCCAGGCAGGAGAGGAUGGUCGGAUUCUAAAGCGUUUCUGUCAGUGUGAGCAGCACAGCCUGGAGCAGCUGAUGAGCGACCCCCUGCGGCCUUUCGUGCCUGCCUACUAUGGCACAGUGCAGCGGGACGGCCAGGCCUUCAACCAGAUGGAAGAUCUCCUGGCGGACUUCGAGGGCCCCUCCAUCAUGGACUGCAAGAUGGGCAGCAGGACCUACCUGGAGGAGGAGCUGGUGAAGGCGCGAGAAAGGCCCCGGCCCCGGAAGGACAUGUAUGAGAAGAUGGUGGCCGUGGACCCCGGGGCCCCCACCCCCGAGGAGCACGCCCAGGGGGCAGUCACCAAGCCCCGCUACAUGCAGUGGAGGGAGACCGUGAGCUCCACCUCCACCCUGGGCUUCCGGAUCGAGGGCAUCAAGAAAGCCAAUGGGACCUGCAACACCAACUUCAAGAAGACGCAGGAGGUGGAGCAGGUGACAAAGGUGCUGGAGGACUUUGUGGAUGGGAACCAUGGACUCCUGAGAAAGUAUGUGGCUCGCCUGGAAGACCUUCGUGAGGCCCUGGAGAACUCGCCCUUCUUCAAGACCCACGAGGUGGUAGGCAGCUCCCUCCUCUUUGUGCAUGACCACACCGGCCUGGCCAAGGUCUGGAUGAUCGACUUCGGCAAGACAGUGGCCCUGCCUGACCACCAGACGCUCAGCCACCGGCUACCCUGGGCUGAGGGCAACCGUGAGGACGGCUACCUCUGGGGCCUGGACAACAUGAUCUGCCUCCUUCAGGGGCUGGCUCAGAGCUGACCCGCUCGCCCCCCACCAUGUUUAUUUAUUGGAUGGUGCCUGUCUGGCUGGAAGAGCCUGAGAUGCACGGGGCCUGAGGUUGGCCACGGGGGAGCUGGCAUCCAGGCAUGGGAGAGGUGGUUGUACACCUCACAAGACCGGAGUGGAAGAUCUGCAGGGCCUCGGAGACUGGGUAGCACCUGGCCCUUUCAUGGUACAGGGGUUGUAAAGAACAGAGAGGGGGCCUGACAGAUUGGGUCUGCUGACCAGCCAGGAAGGCUCCUGAGGGGCUGCCGGAGGCCACAGCUAAACCAGGUGCCCCGAGAGAACACAAUGCAGGUGCUGCAGGUACACGUGUGACCUGGCGCCUGUCAGUGCAUGAAGAACUGUAAUCACUGCCUCCUUGUCAGCCCCCUCCCAGCUGGAAGCUGGCUCCCUGAGGCCAGGGACCGGUCAGCUUCGUCUGUGGUGUCCCAGAGAACUAGACAUUUGUGAACCAAUGCUGGAGCCGCUCGUCCGCCUAGAAUUACAGCCCCAUCUCUUCAUCUGGGGGCUGUUCCAGGGCUGUGGGAGGCUCUGAGGAAGGGCUGACACCACGGGACCUCUCCGAGAGCUGACACUGCUGGGUGGUGCCCGGCUCACUCUGUCCUGCCCUCCCUUCCUCCUGGGAGAAUUCUGCUGACCCUCUGCAGACCAAAACCACAACCACAUCCCACGCCAGCAGUGUGACCAGCACAAGCUUUCCUCGAGCACAGUGCAGCCUCACUUUCUCCUUCCUGGCCGACUGCAGUGGCACACAAGGCUUUCCAAAAGGUCAGGAAGCAGGGCUGCAUUCCUCCGGAGGGCCCCCAUCCCUGAAAAGUGCCCAGCUCAGGCCAGGGGUGCAGGGUGGGGCCGCUGACCAGGACUGCAGGCUUGCAACUUGGUCCCAGCCCAAGAUCCCAGCCCCCUGAGGUGUGGGUGAUGGCCUUCUGUCCCCUCCUCCUGCCCGUCACUUUGGCUUCCUGGCCCACAAGGCUGGGCCAGGGUGGGGGGUGGGGGACAGGCACCUCCCUCUCCCCAAGGCUCUCACACUGUCUUCUGGGCCUGCGGUGCGCUCCUUUUCUACUGACCUUUAUACUUAUUUAUACGAGACAGUAGUUGUUAGAUGGGGCAGCGUCGGGAACAGGAGGCAAAACUGCCUCACUGCCUUCUCCCCCGUGACGACCCCCCAAUAAACAGGACAUUCAGAGUCAA